CUCUCGGGUGUAAAGGUCCGUGAGCCCAGCGAUAGCUGCGAGCUGCUAACCAGUCAGGUAAACAACCCCGGCCAUCUCAUGAGAGACAGCACUGAGCACGAAACAGCCUGAUGAAAACGUUCAGCACUCGACUGGAGGCUUUAAACGAACGCAGACGUCAACAAACGAAUGCCUGAGACUUACAAAACCUGCCGAAGAUGAUGUAGCAAGCUAACUUUAGCCGUCUGCCUAGCGCGAUCUGCUCAAACCAUGGACUGUGACGGAUUUGGAGUCCCUUGUCCUCUGCCUAGUUUGGACUCACAGGAAGAUGCCAAAGACCCAGGGCUGCACACCUUCAGUCUCACACACAUGAGGAAAGCCUUUCGGCUCAUGAAUGACUUGAGAAGUCGGAGGAUGCUUUGUGACGUUCUGCUGGUGGCGGGUGAAGUGGAGGUACCGGCACACAGAGUAGUUUUAGCGUCCUGCAGUCCUUACUUCUGCGCCAUGUUCACAGGUGACAUGAGUGAAAGCAAGGCUCACCAUGUGGAGAUCAGGGAUGUUGAUGGACAGACGCUCUUGAAGCUGGUGGAUUAUAUUUACACUGCCGAGAUCGAAGUGUCUGAGGAUAAUGUUCAGGUGUUGCUCCCAGCUGCCAGCCUGCUGCAGUUGAUGGAUGUUCGACAGGUUUGCUGUGACUUCCUGCAGACGCAGCUUCAUCCCACCAACUGCUUGGGCAUCCGAGCGUUCGCUGACCUUCAUGCCUGCACAGGACUGCUCAGCCAGGCCCACGCUUACGCCGAGCAGCACUUCACGGAUGUCAUGGUGGGUGAGGAGUUCAUGGCCCUUUCCUUGCAGCAGGUGUGCAGUCUGAUCUCCAGUGACAAACUGACCGUGUCCACUGAAGAGAAGGUGUUUGAAGCCAUGAUCACCUGGAUAAAGCACGAUAAAGAGGCCCGUCUUGAGCACAUGCCUAAACUCAUGGAACAUGUUCGACUGCCCCUGCUAUCCAGAGAUUACCUGGUUCAGAUUGUAGAGGAGGAGCCCUUAAUAAAAAACAACAACACUUGUAAGGACUUUCUCAUCGAGGCGAUGAAGUACCACCUUUUACCUGCAGACCAGCGGCACCUUAUAAAAACUGACAGAACCAGACCACGCACACCAGUCAGUUUGCCGAAGGUGAUGAUGGUUGUAGGGGGUCAGGCGCCUAAAGCCAUCCGCAGCGUGGAGUGCUAUGACUUUCAAGAGGACCGCUGGUACCAGGUGGCCGACUUACCCUCCAGACGCUGUCGAGCAGGUGUGGUGUAUAUGGCCGGUAAGGUGUAUGCGGUGGGGGGAUUUAACGGCUCCCUGCGUGUGCGGACGGUGGACGUGUAUGAUGGGCUGAAGGAGCAGUGGAGCUCUGUUCCCAGCAUGCAAGAGCGCCGCAGCACUUUAGGAGCAGCUGUACUGGGGGACCUGCUGUAUGCUGUCGGGGGCUUUGACGGGAGUACAGGUCUGUCGUCAGUGGAGGCGUACAGCCCCAAGGCUAAUGAGUGGAUGUUUGUGGCUCCCAUGAACACCAGGCGCAGCAGUGUUGGGGUGGGAGUGGUCGACGGAAAGCUUUAUGCUGUUGGAGGAUAUGACGGAGCGUCCCGGCAGUGUUUGAGUACUGUAGAGGAGUAUAACCCGGUCAGUAAUAAGUGGUGCUAUGUGGCAGACAUGAGCACUAGACGCAGUGGAGCUGGUGUCGGAGUGCUCAGUGGACAGCUGUAUGCUGCAGGUGGACAUGACGGUCCUCUGGUGAGGAAGAGUGUGGAGGUCUAUGAUCCUGCCACUAAUACCUGGAGACAGGUGUGUGACAUGAACAUGUGCCGAAGGAACGCAGGAGUGUGUGCCAUAAACAGUUUACUGUAUGUGAUCGGAGGAGACGACGGCUCGUGUAACCUGUCCUCUGUGGAGUACUACAACGCUGCUGCCGAUAAAUGGAGUCUCAUUCCCACCAACAUGAGCAACGGACGCAGCUACGCAGGGGUGUCAGUUAUUGACAAGCCAUUAUGACUAAAAGUUCUGGGCAGCAGGUCUCUUCGCACCUGUCGAGGGCUGAGCUGUGACAGACAGAUGGUGAUUUAAGACAAGUGCUCGAAGCUCUCCAUCUCAAAGCCUGGCUGCCUCACACACACACACACACCAAGCCCUGACCUCUCCCAGUCUCCAGAAAGUGCCAUUUAGCCCUGUUAUUAACAGAGAGGCCAUGAGGUCGCCCAGUAUAGUGUGUAUUAAAUGAGACCUUGUUUAUAGUCUGCCAGGACCGAGUGCGUAUGGGACACCUACAUGAGCUGGUGCAGGUGAAGAUUGUGCCAACAGAGGCCUCUCUGCCUGCUUUACUACUGACUGACAACGCUCCGAACAAACACUCGCAUCGCAGGAACAGUCCAUAUGAUGUCAAAACUGUUUCUACGGGUUAACACUAAUGCAUAUCACACACCCUUUAAAGCGGAUCAGGACUGGAUAUCACUGACUUCUGUUGGUUGUUUAUAUGUUUAUAUGAAAAGUAUUAUGGGAACAACCCCAUAAGUUGUUUUAACCAGCUGCUUUCGUGCCAUAUAGUAUUGAGGAUGUUAAACUGCUAAACCGAUCAUAUAAAUCUCACAGGGUAAAGGUAUGGUCACAUUUCAGCUUGAAAUUUCAACUUGAAUCCAUUGUGAAGAGCACAUUGAUUCCUAUUGAAAUGACUGGAAUUCGCCUGUGAAAAUUCAGUAAAUGUGACCAUACCAGUUAAUGUGCCAAAUGUAACUCACAAUUCAUAUGGAUAAUGCUGUAUGUUAGUUACUUGUACAUAAGCACUUUUCAUGAUGCAGUUUGGUGUGCAAUCGUCCAUGUUGGACACACAGCGUCUUUCUUUGAUCAUGAUAACUCUAUAGAUGCAGUCACUGAAAUAGCACUGGCUUGGUGUCUUUUUGGUAAAAUUGCACUGUUCAUCUUAUUCAGUAGAGCUGGUACUAUUUCAAUCGCAGGUAAAUACCAAGAUAGCACAGGUUCAUGUUAAGUUCACCAUUUAUCCUGUUCUAUUCUGACUGGGUAAUUUGCAUCAGUGGUUCAACAGAACUGGACUUUGGAAGACUCUUA